AUGAUCGCGCAUGACCAAUUCCUCGAACACGCCGUCUUUUCCUCAAAUACUUAUGGGACUUCUCGCAAGGCUGUCCAAGAUAUCAAGGACAGCGGCAAGAUCUGUAUCAUGGACGUUGAGCUUCAGGGGGUCAAGCAGAUUAAGGAGUUGGCUAGGAAGAGUCGCGAGGAAGGAGGAGGAGGAGAGGGGUUUGAGGCGCGGUAUUUGUUGGUGAGGCCGCCUAGUUUGGAGGUUCUUGAGAGCCGGCUGAGGGCGAGGAAGACGGAGAAUGAGGAUGCGAUUCAGAAGCGGCUGGAGGCAGCGAGGCGGGAGUGGGAUGUGGGAUCAGACCCUAGUAAUUUUGAAUGUAUCGUUGUGAAUGACGACCUUGAUACUGCGUACAGAGAUCUGCACCGAUUCAUCUUUGGAGCAACGAGAGAGAAGUGA